AUGGGUAGGCGUAAGAGGCUAUGCAUCACCUCAACUGAUAUCCCUAUUGACAGUGAGAUACAUGAUCAAAGUUCUGAGUUUUCUGCAACCGAUAUCCCACUGAAAGAGAUCAAUCAGGUCAUCCACAAACUAUUGAAGGAUGCUAUUCCACUACUAAAGAACACAACUCUACUAAAGAAGGUAAAUCAGGUAAGGGGUUAUACUGAAAAGACCGAGACAUGGAACAUGAGUAGCUCCCAAAAAAUAGUAGUGACAUUUAAUAGGUUCGGAAAACCGGUAGGAGAUGAAGGAAAUGAAAUCGUACAAUACCUUGGGACCCUUGUGAGGAUGGCUAAUCAUGUCGGAAUAGAUUAUGAUGAUUGGAGGAAGAUCCCAAUACAUAAGAAAGUAGAUAUGUAUUCUAUGGUUAAGGCCAAGUUUGUUACUCAUCUGGCUGAAACAAGUGAAAUCAAAGAAAUGGAUCCUUUUUAG